AUGGGAGCGGCAGCUGCGGCCGCCGUCCUGGGCCUCCUGCUCCUGGGCGCCGCGGGGGGCGCGGCCGCGGACGAGGCCCGGGAGGCGGCGGCCGUGCGGGCGCUGCUGGUCCGGCUGCUGGGGCCGGGGCCGGCGGCCGCCUUCUCGGUGUCGGUGAAGCGCGCCCUGGCGGCCGAGUCCGGCCUCGACACCUACCGCCUGAGCGGCGGAGGCGCCGGGACGCGGGUGCUGGUGCUCGGCUCCACCGGCGUCGCCGCCGCGGCGGGGCUGCACCGCUACCUGCGCGACUUCUGCGGCUGCCACGUGGCCUGGUCCGGCUCUCAGCUGCGCCUGCCGGAGCCGCUGCCCGCUGUGCCGCAGGUGCUGACCGAGGCCACGCCCAACAGAUACCGCUAUUACCAGAAUGUGUGCACGCACAGCUACUCCUUCGUGUGGUGGGACUGGGCCCGUUGGGAGCGGGAGCUAGACUGGAUGGCACUGAAUGGCAUCAACCUGGCACUGGCCUGGAGCGGCCAAGAGGCCAUCUGGCAGCGGGUAUACCUGGCCUUGGGCCUGACCCAGUCAGAGAUCGAUGAGUACUUCACUGGGCCUGCCUUCCUGGCCUGGGGGCGCAUGGGCAACCUGCAUACCUGGGGUGGCCCCCUGCCCCACUCCUGGCACCUCAAACAGCUUUACUUACAGCAUCGGAUCCUGGACCGGAUGCGCUCCUUUGGCAUGAUCCCAGUGUUGCCUGCCUUCUCAGGGCAUGUCCCCAAGGCUCUCACCAGGGUGUUCCCUCAGAUCAACAUCACCCAGCUGGGCAGCUGGGGACACUUCAACUGCUCCUACUCCUGCUCCUUCCUCCUGGCUCCAGAAGACCCCCUAUUCCCUAUCAUUGGGAGCCUCUUCCUGCGGGAACUGAUCCAAGAGUUUGGCACUAAUCACAUCUAUGGGGCCGAUACUUUCAACGAGAUGCAGCCCCCCUCCUCAGAGCCCUCCUACCUUGCCUCAGCCACAGCCUCUGUCUACCAGGCCAUGAUCACAGUGGACUCUGACGCCGUGUGGCUGCUCCAAGGCUGGCUCUUCCAGCACCAGCCGCAGUUCUGGGGGCCUGCCCAGGUGAAAGCUGUGCUGGAGGCUGUGCCUCGUGGCCGCCUCUUGGUCCUGGACCUGUUUGCUGAGAGCCAGCCUGUGUACAUCCAGACGGCCUCCUUCCAAGGCCAGCCCUUUAUCUGGUGCAUGCUGCAUAACUUUGGAGGCAACCACGGUCUGUUUGGGGCACUGGAGGCUGUGAACCGGGGUCCUGCGGCUGCCCGCCUCUUCCCCAAUUCCACUAUGCUAGGCACAGGCAUGGCUCCUGAGGGCAUUGGCCAGAACGAAGUGGUCUAUGCCCUCAUGGCUGAGCUGGGCUGGCGGAAGGACCCAGUGGCUGAUUUGGAGGCCUGGGUGAGCAGCUUUGCAGCCCGUCGGUAUGGAGUCGCCCACAGGGAUACAGAGGCCGCGUGGAGGCUGCUUCUCAGGAGUGUCUACAACUGCUCUGGGGAGGCGUGCAGUGGGCACAAUCGCAGCCCUCUGGUCAGGAGGCCAUCCCUACAGAUGGUUACCACUGUCUGGUACAACCGAUCAGAUGUGUUUGAGGCCUGGCGGCUGCUGCUAACAGCUGCCCCAACCCUGGCCUCUAGCCCCACCUUCCGCUACGACCUGCUGGACGUCACUCGCCAAGCGGCCCAGGAGCUGGUCAGCUUGUACUAUGUGGAGGCGAGGAGCGCCUACCUGAGGAAGGAGCUGGUUCCCCUGCUGAGGGCGGCAGGCGUCCUGGUCUACGAGCUUCUGCCGGCGCUGGACAAGGUGCUGGCUAGUGACAGCCGCUUCCUGCUGGGCAGGUGGCUGGAGCAGGCCCGGGCGGCCGCAGUCAGCGAGGCCGAGGCCCAUCUCUAUGAGCAGAACAGCCGCUACCAGCUGACCCUGUGGGGACCCGAGGGCAACAUCCUGGACUAUGCUAACAAGCAGCUGGCCGGGCUGGUGGCUGACUACUACACCCCCCGCUGGCGGCUCUUCAUGGAGAUGCUGGUUGAGAGCCUGGUCCAAGGCAUUCCCUUCCAACAGCACCAGUUUGACAAGAAUGCCUUCCAGCUGGAGCAGACCUUUAUCUUCGGCACCCAGAGGUAUCCUAGCCAGCCUGACGGUGACACUGUGGACCUGGCCAAGAAGCUCUUCAUCAAAUAUUACCCCCGAUUGGUGGCUGGCUCCUUGUGGGCAGAUUAACCACCCCCUGGGUGAUGUUCUCCCCAAAUUCCAGGCCCGGGCAGGUUUCCAGGGCCCGGAGCUAAACCAGCAUCACAGGAGGUUCCCAGGUUUGGGCAAAGGAACUCAAGACCUGCCGGAGGAGCAGGCAUGGGAAAUUUGGGAGGGAGGUGAGUUGCACUCUUCUCCACCACCCCAAAUUUGGGAUCAAAGUACUAUUUUAAUACAACUUAAUAAACCGGUGAAUCACCCCGG